AUGCCACGCAAAGUAUUUCACGCCAUCCGACAAUUGUACGGGUACAUGUCGUUCAACAAACGGCGCUUCGGCAUCUUCAACACAUUCACGACAACGUUCCUCUUCAAACGAGAUGACGAAGGCACACUCUUCAUUUCCAAGGGCAUCGCUGCCAACGAACUCGUCCCGCUGACACUCCUCGAAGCCAUCACAAGGCUCCUGCUGAACGACAACCCACCUGCUGAAGAAGACCUUCCGCAAGCGGAGCCGACCCCGCCAAAGGACCGAUUCGCACAAGACAAUCCAAACAAAGCAAAGCCGCGGGGACAACAACCAGAAGCUCCUUCGGAACACGACGAACGAGAGCUCGUCCUGAUCGCCGACCUUCCCGACUACCACGUCAUUGCUACUGGUGGCAGCGCCAGCAUCGUCGCCACCGAGCUGGACGAGAUCCCCGUGGCCAUCAAAACCGUCGACACGUGCAAGAGUCCCAAAAUGCUGGACGAACUGUACCACGAAUGCGAUGCGUACACGACCCUCGAGGCUGUCCAGGGCGACUGCAUCCCCAUCCUUGUUCGCCCUGCACCCGUGGUGCUGUGGGAAGGCAUGUUGGACGGUCUGGUUCUUUCCUUGAACAAAGGACGGACGCUGGACGAGAUGGGAAUGGAUGAAGUCGCGACCAUCCCGCUCGAGUGUAGAAUGCAGACCGUCUGA